AUGGUACAUCAACAGGCUGAAAACGAGACAGAGGAUAGCCGUUUAAUUAGAGCGGGUGGGAGUUAUGGGGCUUGUCCGUGUGAUGAGUUAGGAGAAAAUGAAGAGGAUUUCACAAAGAUCACGACUUAUUUUGAUGAAUUUAUCCAAAUUUUGCGCAAAUCACUUCCGCUUGCCCUUACUCUCCUUUUACAAAAUUUAAUAUCUUCCGUUUCACUGCUGUUCGUUGGUAGGUUAGGUUCGCUCGUGUUGGGAUCUGUGACGCUUGCUAAUGUUAUCUUCAAUGCUACUGCAGUGGUUUUCCUCGGUUUAGCCACAUGCCUUGAUACACUGUGCCCCCAGGCAUAUGGAGCUGGGAACUACACUCUUGUAGGGUUGUAUUUCCAAAGAUGUAUAAUCAUUAGCACCAUAGUAUCUAUUCCUAUCAGUUUUGUGUGGAUUUUUUCGAAACCGCUGCUGAACUUGGUAGCCAAAGACGCCGAAUUGAUUAACAUCUCAUCACAGUAUUUGAAAUGUAUGGUUGGAUGUAUUCCUGGCUACAUUGUAUUUGAAUGUGGGAAAAAAUAUAUGCAGGCCCAAGGUGAUUUCCAUACGGCUCAAAUGAUUCUUUUAAUUGGAUUUCCAUUCAGCAUUCUUGCCAAUUACAUCUUUAUUUUGAAUUCACCUUUAGGUUACUUGGGAGCGCCCUUGGCGUCUUCAUUGACCUUUACUCUAAUGGGAAUCCUAAUGGCAUGCGCUAUGCUGCGUGAUCGUAAGUGUUGGCAUGAAUUUCAUUGGAAAACCGUUAUACAUGGAUGGGAACCCUUAAUUAGACUUGCAGUUCCUGGAAUUAUUAUGAUAGAGGCUGAAUUCUUGGCAUUUGAGUCCCUGACAGUGCUAGCGGCAAGAUUCGAAACUACUGAAUUGGCCUCGCAAGCUGUAGCUACUUCCGUUCAGUCCAUUUCCUUCCAAAUUCCAUUCGCGGUUUCCAUUGCCGCUUCAAACCGAAUUUCCACACAUGUGGGCCGCGGAAAGAUUCCCGAUUGCCAAAUCGCUACAAGGUCCACAUUGUUCUACAUGGGACCCGCAGUGAGUAUGCUGAAUCUAGUAGGAUUACUCGGCGGAAGGUAUUUCGUGUCUUCGUUAUUCACCAGUGAUCCUGCAGUUAUACAGAGAGCCGCCAAGCUAAUAUCUGUGAUAGCCAUCAACCAAAUCUGGGACGCAUACAACGUGCUCGGAGCAGGAUGCCUCAGAGCACAAGGUCGUCAAAACAUAGGUGGUUACCUAAACUUAGUAGCAUAUUACGUGUUUGGAAUGCCACUGGCGAUAUAUUUAGGAUUCUAUCUUGAUUGGCAAGCAUUCGGAUUUUGGAUCGGCCUCGGAUUCGGUAUUUUCGCACUAGCAAUCGGUGAAAUGUACUGUGUCUAUCGUUCCGAUUGGCCUUUAAUUAUGUUACAAUCUGAACUACUACAUGGAGCGGCCUAG